UGGCCAUUCUAUUUCAGGGGACUCGGAACAGCAGGGAAAUAUGUGAAGUGUUUAAAUGAAGAGGAAAUAUUGAUGUGAGAUACAUAAAUACUUAUUGGAGUUGUACUCAGGAUACGUUGUGAAGGGAAUCUUGUGCAUGGCAUGGAGAUACACUUCUGUUAUUGGUGAUGUAUGAGACUCUACCUGUCCAUUCCUGAAAGUGUCAACUGUUUAGUGCAGUGCAAGAAGAGGUAGUGAAAAGUGCUUCCUACCUGUUGUGUCGCUGUGAAGAGCUGCAGCUUGCUGCUCCAUUGUGGUAUCCUCUGACGGACAGCUGCCAAUCAGAAAUAGACUCGUACAAACAAACCGGCUGGGGAAAUACAAGAUAUUAGUAUUCAUCUGUCUGUGUAUGUCACAGUGACUUGACAGAUGGGAUAGCUCCAGUAGCUGAAGCCUUGUCAGAUAUGUGUAACACCAACCUGCACAUCAACAGACCACUUACAGAAAUUGUUCUACUUGUGUUGCCUACUGGGUACCAUCUGUUAUAAGUAUAGAACAAGUUGUACACAUUGUCAUUACCUGACUUUCAAUUUCAACUGAUCAGCCCAUUAACAAGUGGAGCAUUAUCCUAGCAGUUUGUAAGGAGAUGACAUAAUUGUGAUUUAAGGUGACAUUCCCUGCAAGGCAUGUAUGAGCUGGUCAGUCCAGUCCGACCAGGCCCACCAGCUGGUGCAGCUCACUGUGAAACACACACGAUAGGAUACAUACAGCCAGGUGAUAGCUAAACACAUGACCAGGUAUAACAUACAGUUAUAAAGCAACCUCCUGGUGUGUCUCUCUAAGAUUCAUAAGAUGCCCGCUCUUGAUGACAAAUCUGAAAUGGCAACUACAAGAAGUAAGGUUACGGUGGAGAUCGGUGUGGCACGGAGGGUGGAGCGGCAGUGGGAGGAGCACAUGAAGCCGGUGGUGCUGAUGGGCUGUCACUGCGAGGAGCUCGGGCAGACCAUGAGGAAUGCCGAGGAACCCAUGACGUCCAGCGACAGAGACUCGGAAGAGAAGACCCUGUCACAAGACAGCUUUGGUGAAGACUCUGACGGAUAUUGUGCACAGAAAGAUGGAGUCAGUGAUGUUGACCGACAAAGUUGUGACAGUGAAGAGAGUAGUGUGAAAACAGCAUUGUUUCCUCAAGAAGAUAGUGAAGAGAGUAGUGUGAAAACAGCAUUGUUUCCUCAAGAAGAUAGUGAAGAGAGUAGUGUGAAAACAGCAUUGUUUCCUCAAGAAGACAAUGAAGAAAGUAGUGGGAAAACAGCAUUGUUUCCUCAAGAAGACAAUGAAAGUACAAAAAGGAAACAUAUUAAAGUUGCAGAGCAAACCCAAAACUUUAAUGAUGGUGAACAUUCUGAAUACAAAUAUAUAAAGGUUGUAUCCACAGAAGACCUGGAUGUUUGUGAGAGACAAAUUGUCCCUACAGGGAUAGACCCCGGUGCAGGAGGUACAGAUUUGGAGGAGGUUUCUAGGAAGAACAGUCAUAUAAACUCAGGGGAUAUUACAAAGUCAGAGGAUGCUUGGACAGUUGGCACUGUGGCAUCAGUUAAAGCACAGGGUGAUGAUGUAGAGAAGCAGAACGACACUGGUCUAGAUUCAACACUUGAGAUGUCUCUGGCAAACUACAGUAUUAAGACUGAGGUUGGGAAGCAGAAUGACACUGGUCUAGAUUCAACACUUGAGAUGUCUCUGGCAAACUACAGUAUUAAGACUGAUGAUGAGACGGAUGUGACAAAGGACUCGGCCAUCGUUAUGGACAGUCCAAGUGGGCAGGAUGUGUCCUGGAGUCUCCUGGACGAUGUUCAGGAUGAUGUCAGUGUCUCCAGUAGGAGUGAGCCAAGUCACGACGACCCUCUGGAUGUGGUGGUUGAUGUUUCCACCAGUAGAGUAGAAAAUGAUGAGGUUGCACUCAAGGAUGACAUGGCUGUAGAGAGUGCCACCAGUGCGGUAGAAGACGAUGAGGUUGCACACAAGGAUGACAUGGCUGUAGAGAGUGCCACCGGUGCAGUAGAAGACGAUGAGGUUGCACACAAGGGUGACAUGGCUGUAGAGAGUGCCACCGGUGCAGUAGAAGACGAUGAGGUUGCACACAAGGAUGACAUGGCUGUAGAGAGUGCCACCAGUGCAGUAGAAGACGAUGAGGUUGCACACAAGGAUGACAUGGCUGUAGAGAGUGCCACCAGUGCAGUAGAAGACGAUGAGGUUGCACACAAGGAUGACAUGGCUGUAGAGAGUGCCACCAGUGCGAUAGAAGACGGUGAGGUUGCACACAAGGAUGACAUGGCUGUAGAGAGUGCCACCGGUGCAGUAGAAGACGAUGAGGUUGCACACAAGGAUGACAUGGCUGUAGAGAGUGCCACCGGUGCAGUAGAAGACGAUGAGGUUGCACACAAGGAUGACAUGGCUGUAGAGAGUGCCACCAGUGCAGUAGAAGACGAUGAGGUUGCACACAAGGAUGACAUGGAUGAUAAUGAGAAUCCAGGGGCAGGGGAAGAAUCCAUAUGUCCUGUGACACAGGUUGAAAAGUCAGACUUACAGGACACUGGGAUUGGGGAUAGCCUGUCAAACAGUGUAAAUAUGGAAGCAGCUCAUGGACUUGACAGUUUUGUUAUCACUGAUGUUCAGGGGAGUAGACAGGUAGAUUCUAGUCAUUUGGAGAGUAUGGAGACCAUGUUUACAUCUGAAAACACAUCCAGUGAGUAUGAGAGCAUGGAAGAUGACACAGUCACCAGUAUUAAGAAACAUCUGAAGAAGUCUGACACUGACAUCGGGGUGUGUGGUGUUGGUAGUUCUGGUGUUGAGAAAGAGCAGGGCAAGGACACAGAUGAAAGGCUUCUCAGGGAGGCAGGUUUCUCUGUUGAAGUGAUGGACCAGAGUACAGCAGAACUGAGUGACGCAGUGGGCAUCCAUGAAGAAGGUGACCCUUCUCAAACCAGUCAUGUAGUAGACAGCGCAGCCUCAUGUGUCAUGGGACAGACAGCUACAUCACUUUCCACUGACAUUCCAGAACACUUUACAACUUUCAUACCUCACACGGAUGCAAUACCAGAUAUUAGCAACUCACUUACUGUAGUAGGCAACUUUUCCAAUGCUGCUGCAGAUGCAUCUACAACAUUCACUGAGGAGCAUGUUGACACACCGAAUGAUUCAUUGUUGCAUUCCGAGUCUGAAACUGAAAUUGUGUCCAUGGUUACAGAAACAUCAGUCAGUCAUACAGAACAACAAGAUGAUGGUGUUGACAAAGAUGUCCCCAAGGACAGAGAGGGGUACAUUCGGCAUGCAGACAUGACUUCAGGAGAAGCUGCAGCUGACGCUGAUGGGAUGAACAGAAAGAUUUCAGUGUAUGUCUGGGACAGAGCCUGCCAACACACAGAAAGUAGUGGUGUACCUUGCCCUGGUGAUGCAGAAGGAGAGGGUGUGACUCUGCUCCAUGAAGUAUCGGGGGAACCUGUUAAACAUGAUGAUGAACCCUCAGAUGAUGGAGAAAUACCAAAGGCAGAAGGAGAGGGUGUGACUCUGCUCCAUGAAGUAUCGGGGGAACCUGAUAAACAUGAUGAUGAAACCUCAGAUGAUGGAGAAAUACCAAAGGCAGAAGGAGAGGGUGUGACUCUGCUCCAUGAAGUAUCGGGGGAACCUGAUAAACAUGAUGAUGAACCCUCAGAUGAUGGAGAAAUACCAAAGGCAGAAGGAGAGGGUGUGACUCUGCUCCAUGAAGUAUCAGGGGAACCUGUUAAACAUGAUGAUGAACCCUCAGAUGAUGGAGAAAUAUCAAAGGCAGAAGGAGAGGGUGUGACUCUGCUCCAUGAAGUAUCAGGGGAACCUGAUAAACACGAUGAUGAUCCCUCAGAUGAUGGAGAAAUACCAAAGGCAGAAGGAGAGGGUGUGACUCUGCUCCAUGAAGUAUCGGGGGAACCUGAUAAACACAAUGAUGAACCCUCAGAUGAUGGAGAAAUACCAAAGGCAGAAGGAGAGGGUGUGACUCUGCUCAAUGAAGUAUCGGGGGAACCUGAUAAACAUGAUGAUGGACCCUCAGAUGAUGGAGAAAUACCAAAGGCAGUCACUGGGGAAGGGAAAUUGGAAUUAGACUCUUUGAAAAGCAAUGCAGAAGAGAAAACAAUCAAUGGUAGUCUUCUGGAUGAGGAGGCUAAUUCAGAAACGUUCCAAGAUGGCUGUGAUGUUAGUCUUGAUCUGCUCAUGUCUGGAACAGAGGCUCCAGUGGCACUGUCCUCCUCAACUCCUGCUAGACAGGGAGGCCAUGCAAUCUGUGAUACUGAACACUUUCAUCCAGGCCAACAGACACGUUUCAGGAACAACAAAAAACAACCAGAAGAAACAACAUUUGUGGAUGUUCAUCUGGAAACGUCUGUGCAUGACAGAGUGGCCAGUUUUGGCAAGAAGGCUCAUGAUGACAGUGUGUUGUGUGGAUCCCAUGAACAUCGGUCUCAAACACUCAGAUCGAAAAAGGUUUCUCACAGCAGCAUGGAGACAAACAUUUCGAAAUUUUCGUUGUCAGUGCCAAAUCUUAUGGAGCAUGUACAGAACAAUACAGGGAAUUACCGCGACCCAAGUUUGAAUGAUCUCAGGAAUCGUCGCAAGUCUGUUCAAGCAAUAAAAAGCUUGUUUGAGCAACAGUCCACAGAAGAAAACCGCAACACACAAAUAAAGAGCCCGAGGAAUAAGGUGACCUACAGAUCCAGGUCGUUUAUUUCACUCUCUCCCUCGAGCCCAAAUCCUCCAGAAUAUACCUCAACGACUUCACUCCGAUCGAACCAAUCGGAUAAUGUACACAGUUAUCACUCUUCUCGAGUAAUCGAGGAACAAAUUACACAAGAUGGCCGAGUCAUAGCCAGAUCCAAAGAUGAGAAGAGAUAUUCAGAUUCAUUUGGUGACCAGGGCGACUCCAGGGUGGUCAGAGAGGUUACCGUCCAGUCUAUGGGCGGCGGAUCUGCCCAGCAGAAUGGCUACAGUUCCAAUGUUGCCCGGGAAACGCAAGACCGUGAAGAUGUUCAUUUCUCUGAGAUGUCCUCAGUGAGGAACACUUUUGAAUCUGGUGGCCCACAGCAGACAACUAACGUAACCCAGUCACAGAACAUCACUUGGGACGAGCAGGAAGAGGGAGUUUAUGAGAACCAGCCAGACCAACUGGACAAUGUUGCACGUGAAAGUGAUCGAGAUAUUGGAGCAGAGCUUCCCGAGAUUGGCAUGGCAAAGAAUCUUCUCAGCAGAUUCACACAGAUUGCAAACGAGCCGAAAAAUUACAAAAGGGAGGUAACUCCUCCCCGCCAGGGAGCUGGGAAGUUUGAAUACGAGAGUCAGCCAGCAAGUCACAUUCAAGUGUAUGAAGGUAAAGCAGAGGCAGGAAUCUUUGAAAGUCAGCCCCAAAUUAAUCCAGACGUCAUCAGAUCAGUUGACAGCACCAGUGAGCCACUGCCUGAAAGAGGAACUGCCAAAAAUAUUGCAUCAAGAUUCAAGCAAUUAGAGAGUGGAGCUGGCAGUUACACUGGAUCUUCACCUUCGAAAAGGGAGAUUACUCCUGACAGAGCAACCGGUAAAGUUGAAUUUGUCUCUGAGCCGACAUCAACCAUUGAGAGGUACGAAGGAAAGGCUGAAGCUGGAAUUUUCGAAAACCAGCCACAAGAUUACGAGGGGGUUGUUAAAUCUGGGCAAGAGGUUGAAGAAAUUCUGCCAGAAAGAGGUUCUGCUAAAAAUAUUGCUCAGCGCUUCAAGCAGAUGGAGAGCUCACCAUCCUAUGCUGCGAGGGGCAAAAGGGAGAUAACUCCUGACAGAAACACAAGAGGAGAAUAUGUCAGCGAGCCUCGAGCUUAUGUGGAGAUGUAUGAGGGCAAGGCAGAGGCAGGAGUCUAUGAAAACAGGCCAGUUGAACGAACUGAUGUCGUAAGGAGUGACGAAAUGGUUGAUGAACCUCUUCCUGAGAGAGGGUUUGCCCGAAAUGUUGCUUCCAAGUUCCGUGAGAUGGAACAUAACAUGAAGUCCCCGCCACCUACCCCCAACCGGGUGAAGGAAAUUACGCCACCUAGGGAGGGAAUUUCAAGUGGUGUGUAUGAGAGUCAGCCCCAGACCUCACCUGAUGUCGUCAGUGAGAAUAACCAAAUUGAGGAGAUCGUUCCAGAAAAAGGUUAUGCCAGGAAUCUUGUCUCACGAUUCAAGGAGAUUGAACAGGAAAACAGCAAGGUAGCAGUCUCCAGCCGUAGGGGCAUAACUCCACCACGAUCUGAGACUGGUGUUUUCGAGAACCAGCCACAAGAAUUUGUUCCUGAAUACAACCAAAAGGUAGAUAGUGGCAUUGCUGAAAACAAUCCUGAGGUUCGGAGUGAUGUUGCCAAGGAAACAGAUCCUGCAAAAUAUGGAGAAGAGCUUCCCGAGCGUGGCACAGCCAGGAACCUGGUGUCCCACUGGAAGCAGGUUGAAAGCCAGAGUGGGAAGCAGAGCCCUAGUUCAGGAACCAGAACCAAGGAGUUCACCCCUCCCAGGGAAGAGGAACGUAUAAAGGCGCUCCGAGGCCAACUCUCCCCAGGGGCAGGGCAGUUUGAGAGUGUCAACCCUAACGACCUGCCAGGCCAGUACCAACAACAGGCGGAGCCAGGCGUGUUUGAGAACGAGCCAGAGGUACGCUCCGAUGUCAUCAGUGAAGCUCAGACAGACUGGACAGAGGGUAUGCCAAAAGAAAAUGCUGCCAAGAAAAUGGUGGCCAAAUUCAAGAACAUACAAGCUGAAGCAGUGAAAGAACAACCAAAGCCUAUCUCUCGAAAGGAGGAUGGCGAUAGACAAUCCCCUGAAAGUGAAGUGACGCAGGUUUGUCUGAGUUCCCCUUCCGAUACCGACUCUAUGACGUAUGAUAAUGGUGUGCCUGACGAUGCUAAAGAAAAUGAAGCAGCAACACCGAAAAAAAAGGGUGGAUUUUUCAUUCCAACGACGCCAGCGGACAAAUGCGGGGCUUGCCAGAAAACUGUAUAUGCAAUGGAGAAAUUUGAGAUGAACAAAGUGAUAUACCACAAGAACUGCUUUAGAUGCACACACUGCAAAUCAAAGUUAACGCCAAAAACGUUUGCCGCCAAUAAUGGCAUCAUAUACUGUACCAACCACUUGAUGCAACUUUUCAAGAGCAAAGGAAAUUAUGACGAGGGCUUUGGCCGAGAACAACACAAAAAGAGGUGGCAAUCAGACGCGGUGAAAGACGGUGAACAAGAGCAGAGCUAGACUAGACACACUUUGUAGCUUCUCACCUACUGAACCAUACAAAUGGACACUUAUUUUGUACAAACUACUAUUAUUUUCUGUGGAUCAUGAACGAGAGUAGCGUGCAUGAACUCAAGUGCAUUAUUGGAUUGAGACUCGCCUGUGAGACCAGAAUGCAUUGUGAGAUUGAUGGAAAUGCAUGGGAGGGAGUGGUGCAUCAUGGGAAGUGAAAUGAAGGCAUAUGGGAAAGAAAUGGUGAACUGUUUUUUGAGAUUGCUGAACAUUUCAAAGAAUCUGCUAUCUUCUUGCUGAUCAUGCUUCAAAGCUUUUGAUAAGGAUGUAGAUAAGAUGCUUAGAAAUUUGAAUGUUUGACAACCGAAAGGGUAGACUUGUUCUUUGACAGAAAGAGGAUUUGCCAGAAAUGUAGUAGAGACUGUCAAAAUGUGUUCAUUUAGCAUACCAUGUUUCGAAGAAUAUUCAGCUCAAGGAAACUAAGGCAAUAUAGGCACAAAGUCCCUGAGCAACUCAAGGGGUUUCAAUUUAUCUUUGACUCGCUGAUGGCGUCAAGUACAAAUGCAUCAAUUUGGUACUCAUUGAGAAACGAUAUUCACCAUAACAAAGCCAUUUUAUCAUAAACGGUUUUUGAGUAAUGUUUUUUUAAAAUGCUUCAUGUAAAUACUAAGGUAAAAAAAAAUGUAUUAAAAAAAAUAUGCAAACAAGUUCUUGAUAUUAACAGUUUGUGUUCUGCUAAAUGAUGACCAAGGCAAUAUCUGCAUGCAUUACUUCCAGGAGACGUUUUGUAAGAGGGCUUUCACUGUACGCUGUAAUUACCUACUGUAGCUAACUAGCUCCUGUGUAUUUUGUAAUUUGUUCUGAUUUUUUAAAUCAAGCAUAUUUUUCAUUUUAUUAAUAGUAUUAUAUUUUAGUAUUAUUUCACCUAGUACUUUGCUCAUUUCGCAUGAUAUAUCUAUGUACAUUUCUAAAUUGAUCUGUAUUGUCUUUUGAUAUUUAUAUGAACUAUGUAACAAUUUUCAAUUUUGCUCAAUUUGAAGUUUGAAAAAAUUGGAAAGAAACGAUUGUGUAUGAUGUAUAUUGUUGACUACUUAGCCUGCAGUGUUUAUACUUGUCAUCUUGAACAAAUCUAAGAGCAUAAUUGACCCUGAUUCAGCUGCUAUGUACAACGUCUUAUGAGCACAAUAGACCAUGUUACGCUUAUUUUCAAAACCUAGUGCUAGUAAUAUUCAACUUUUCGUACAACUAUGACUAUUUAUUCAUAUUCGAUUGCAUGAUUUAAGAUCUCUCUUCAGUAAGCUUCAACAAGCAAGUUUUGAAAAUAAAAAUAAUCGAAUUUGCA